CGAAGAUCGAUAGAUCCAUCCGUUGCAAGUUUUAGCAUCAUUGAUUGACAAAGCUCGAGAUCUCGGUUUGACGACAAGGGCAGCAGACUGUCUACCAUAAAAAGCACACUUCUAUCACUUAAAUUCUAUUGUAUUGCUUCUGGUAAGAUGCCCAAAGCUCCCAACAAGUCAAGAAAGCCGGUGAGCUCUUCUCUCUCUGCGGGAUCAACUACUAGUACCGGUACCGGUAGUACAAGUACAAGUGCUGAUGCAGCGGGAUCACCUGGAACGUCAGCAAGAGCCAGUGCCAGUACUUCUUCCCAAGUGUUCCUGGUGGCAAUCUUUGUAUCUUCCUUGUUUUCCUUGGGCCUGAACAUUUACCUGUCCACCAAGUUGGGCAUGCUGGGAGCUCUAGAUACCUUGAAUCUCCAGACAGACUUGAAACAAGCAUUUCUGCAGCCACGCCAAAAACCAGGAGAAAAUCAAAUCUUGACUGCAGCAGAGGCUCAUGGGGCACAGGCUGCCCAACAACAGCAACAGCAACAGCAACAACAACACAAUUUGGCAGGAUUGCAAUGCGAUGCUUAUGGGGGACCUUCCGCUGAAGCAGCACAAGAAAUGGUCUACUGGGAAGAUAUUCCCUCAGAUGCCAAGUACAUCAGUCCCUUCAAAAGCAAAGAUGAAACACAAUACCUCACAUUUGAACCUGAUGAAGGAGGUUGGAACAAUAUCAGAAUGAACAUGGAAACUGUUCUCGCACUUGCCUUUGCCAUGGGAAGAACAUUGGUACUGCCACCGGAAAAGGAAUUCUACUUGUUGUCAAAAACAAAGGCAGAACACGGAGGAGAACAAAAGAAAACAUUUUCAUUCUCACAUUUCUUUCACAUGGAAUCCAUACACAACGAACAUCAGGGACUUGAUAUCAUCACCAUGACACAAUUUCUAGAAACUGUGGCAAUGAAGGGAAAAAUGCGGGAUCGAUAUGAAAACAACAAAGUCAGAUUCCCACCCUACAACCGCACUAACUGGGACGGGGCUGAUCGAAAAGAAAUCAAGCAACUCUAUGCCUACCUCAGAGAAGCUAGUCAUACCGUUGUAUGGACACCCGAAGAGUGCAUGGCAGCUUUCCCAAAAUCACCAAAAAAGAAGGACGAAAUGGAAUUGCAUGACAUGGCACAACACAUGCUAGACGAAGAAGGGGUCCCCCGAUGGGAGCAGUAUGUAGGAAAACCCACUCCCGUCAAUGCUACAACACUUCUGAGACUCAAGGAAAAUUGGGCUCAACGCAAAAAGCUUUGCAUUUACAACGAUAUUGUACAACAACAACUUUCAGUGCACUUUCCAACCGAUCCAAAAUUGAAUGCACGACUGCUUGUCCACUUUUAUGCAUUCAUUUUCUUUCAAGAUUGGAGACAUGAUCUAUGGAUGAAACGAUUCAUUCGAGAUCAUGUCCGCUACGUUGAUGAAAUACAAUGUGCCGCUGCAAGAGUCGUGGAGGCCCUCCGGAAACGAGCUAGACAGCGCAACCCCAAAAACGUCAAGGGCGAGUUUGAUUCCUUUCACGUGCGACGGGGAGACUUUCAGUACAAGGUUACUCGUGUUGAAGCUGACGUCAUGUAUCGGAUGGCAAAGGAAAAAUUAACCGAAGGAGAUAUUCUGUACAUUGCAACUGAUGAGCGAGAUAAAGAAUUCUUCAAGCCGCUCAUGGAACACUAUGAUGUUGUAUUUUUGGAUGACAUGAUUGAUGCCGUGGGCAAACAAGUGAACACGAAUCUUUACGGUAUGCUGGACCAACUAAUUGCCUCUCGAGGGAGAGUCUUCUUUGGGUGUUGGUUUUCAACAUUUACAGCAUACAUCAAUCGACUUCGAGGAUAUCAUGCCGACAAUCAUGAAGAACCAGGAUAUGAGCAAGGAAUCGUCAAUUCUUGGUACUAUGCACUGGAGGAUAGAUAUGAUCACAUGCAACAGUUCUACCCAGUCAAACAGGCUUUCUAUGCUCGAGAAUUCCCCGCGGCAUGGAGACUCAUUGAUACAAGUAUGGGUGACCUUGGUAUUGAUCAAACCACUCAAUCCAGUUAGUUUUGUAGUGACGAUGUGGAUCCAAACUAGCCAAGCAAAGCCGGGAAAAGUUGGAGCACAUCGAAUUGGCUUUCCUGCAGAAAACCCGAAAGCAGCAUCACUUUGCUCGUUCCAUUGAUGGACAAUCAGACUGUCCUGGCUAGGCUACUUGAGCUCCCGAGCAGUGCUGUCCUUCCCUCGGCGGCUUUCUGCUAAAACGCUGGACGUAAACGUGAAAACCGGCAUUCCUUGCAGCUCGAUCCGUGUCCAUCUACACCGUGUUAGCCGGGCAACUCCUAAAAAGAUGCACUGCAAAUCGUGAGCUCCUCUAGAGGCUCUACACGCACAUGCAAUGGUACAUUAGCCGAGAGCACUACUGCGACUUUUAGUCUAAAAACGUUAUCAUUCUAAUGAGACUCUCAAUCAAGUUCUU